GUUGACCCUAAAGAUUACACUUUUUCUGGACUUAAAGACGAAACUGUGGGCCGACUGCCUGGAAAAGUAGCAGGGCAACAAUUUGUCAUUCAGGACUGUGAGAACUGUAGUAUCUACAUAUUUGACCAUUCUGCUACAAUCACUAUUGAUGACUGUGUAAACUGCCAAAUCUUUUUAGGACCAAUAAAAGGCAGCGUGUUUUUCCGUAACUGCAAAGAUUGUAAAUGUGUAGUGGCCUGCCAACAGUUUCGCACUCGGGACUGCAGAAAGCUGGAGGUGUUCUUGUGCUGUGCCACCCAGCCCAUUAUCGAGUCCUCCACAGGUAUGAAAUUUGGAUGUUUCCAGUACUAUUAUCCUGAGCUUGCUUUACAAUUUAAAGAUGCUGGACUGAGUAUCUUCAAUAACACAUGGAGCAACAUCCAUGACUUUACCCCUGUGUCAGGAGAAAAUAAUUGGGGCCUUUUGCCUGAGAAUGCUGUAGUCCCAGAUUAUGUUCCUCUGCCCAGCUCUGAGGAGCUGAAAGCUGUCAGAAUUUCUACGGAUGCUACAAAGAGCAUAAUACCAGUAACUCGAGGGCGGAGACAGAAAAGCAGCGAUGAAUCGUGUUUGGCCGUGUUUUUUGCUGGUGACUACACAACUGCAAAUGCCAGGAAGUUAAUUGAUGAGAUGACUGGCAAAGGCUUUCAGCUGGUACAGACUAAAGAAGUCUCAAUGCAGGCAGAGGAUGCUCACAGAGUUUUCCAGCAGUGUGCAUCAGAAUUCAUUCCGCUGCUUGAAAAAGGUCCAGUGGUUGCUUUGGAAUUCAAUGGAGAUGGUGCUGUGGAAAGAUGUCAAAGCACUGUAAAUGAUGUUUUUAGUGGGACCAAGGUUUUUGUAUCGAAGAGCAAGGCAUCAGCGUCUCAAGAUGUAGACAAUUUCUACAACUUUGCUGACAUGCAGAUGGGAAUGUGAAGUUUAACGUGAAGGUGUUCAUGUACGGUUUGUCUUGGCACUUGGAUAUCACUUGGCUUGAGUAUCGCAGUAGUGUAUGAGAAGUUUUGUCGUUUCGUUUUAUAUUUCUCAUUUAUCCCUUUUAUAAAGCU